AUGGCCCCUCGACGAACAGUCUCUCAACCCCGAAGGAUAUCCGCUAAACAAAAGGCGCCGCCACGACCAAAAAAGAACUCGUCGCUCAACGCCUCAGGGCGCGACAUCACAACCCAACUCGGUUUGCCUCAAGAUCGCCCUCAAACACCCGAAUCUGUACAUCGCCCCCCCAGCAUGGAUGCAAAUCAACUCCCUCCCUUCCAGCCCCAACCCCAUUUCCCGCCCUCAUUCGACCCGCAGGAUUAUCUAAUGGGGGGUGGCUAUGAGCCGCCCCAAGACCACUACCAACCUCAAGACCACUACCAGCCGCCUCAAGACCACCACCAGCCGCCCCAAGACCACUACCAGCCUCAAGACCACUACCAGCCGCCCCAAGACCACUACCAGCCUCAAGACCACUACCAGCCACCCCAAGACCUUUACCAGCCACCCCAAGACCUCUACCAGCCGCCCCAAGACCACUACCAACCUCAAGAGCACUACCAGCUGCCCCAAGACCACUACCAGCCGCCCCAAGACCACUACCAUCCGCAAGACCACAACCAGCCGCACUACCAGCCGCAAGAUCACAACCAGCCGCAGGACCACAAUCAGCCACAGGACGACUUCCGGCAGGAGGGGUUCGACCAGGGAGGGUUGGAGCAGGGAGGGUUGGAGCAGGGAGGGUCGGGGCAGCAUGGAUUCCAGCCGCCGCCUCAACAUCAACCACACGAAGGCGACGAUGCUCGACCCAUGCAUCAAGAACUCGACCUUCACGGCCAUGGCGUGCGACGACAUAUGCGCUGGAACCUCGGGGACGCUGGUGUCCCACGCGCGCAGCCACGUCCUCAAGUCAUCGGUGUCGCACUUCCUCGCGAGAGGGAAUCUGAAUGCGGGGAGUUCACUCAAGGGGUCAUUCAUGAACUACGUACAUCGCAAAGUGUUGGCCGGCACGGAACGCGUCCGGUCAACCGGCACCUACCUCCAAUGCCAGUACCCGCACCUGCACCUGCACCUGCACCCACACCCGCACCCGCACCCGCACCACCCGAAACCACCUCUAACAACGAGGUUCCCGAUUCUGUUUUCGCCAUAGAACUCGACAAACCCACCAUCAAUUCCAUCAAACUCUCUACGAAAGAAGAACUACGUCGCAUGAUGAUGCAAGGGAGGGACGCCGUGUUGCCGACACGAAAGAAACGAGGCGCUGUCUUAGACAGAGCCCUCAAGAAGGCACGCAUUUCAAUAAUUGGUCAAGUUUGCUAUAAACCAUUCGAAAAAAAGGCCGUUCGCGAAGAGCUCAUGACAUGCAUGUCGAACGUACACCGGAUAUUUAGAGACUACGCCGCCAACAUCAUUCAAACGGCACUCAAUCUACGACUACCUAUAUCCUUGGAACCUGGCAAGGAGGUCGCCCAUAAGGCAGCACUAGUCCCGGAGCUCUUGAAGAACCUGAACUUCUUGCACAAGUCGGAGCUGGGUGAGGACGGCGUCGAACGGCUGCUGCUGCUGGAGGCUGAUUAUUUUGUCGAGAUGAUUGUCGACGUCAUCUGGCAAAAAGGUCUUCAUGAGUAUAUUGACCCGCUCCGACUCGACAGCGCGAUCGCCCUCGCUGGGGCUGCAUUGCAGAAUGCACUGAAAGCUUACCGGACGGGCAGGUUUGAGUCCGUCGACGCGUCGGCAGAACAAUUCUACGACACAUACCAUGCGAUCCUGGAACUCAUCGUGACGUGGGGCCGUGAGCGCAUGGGUCUUGAUCUCACUGAUUCGAACGACGACGACGAUUAG